GUCACUUACAACUUUUCCUAUAGUUUCAUUGCCUGUGAACUCGUCUCACAGCGAGUUAAAUGUAACUUUCAUUAUCUAUUUGAUUAUUAUUGAAUUUUAAGACUGUGUAUGUAUAUGCAAGUGUGUUGUCCGAGCACAAGGACGUGUCAUCAUUAUGUGAAAACAACCGGAUCAGGUGGAAGGACAGGACCGCGAUAAAGCUUUUGGAUCUGUACCAUUCUCAUGAGGAAACAUCACGCGUCAAUCCUAGCAAUAAGAGUUUGUUGAUACGGUGUGACCAAUUUUAAACGGACAUGCUCGUCUUGGAAACCAUAAUAAAAUCAAAAAGACUUAUACGUUCAGAAACGACUUGAAGUUCAGAAAAUAAAACGAUCAAUUUCGCGUGGGAUUACAAACACAUGCGUGACAGAAAUUACGUAUACAUUUUGCAAAGAGGGAUACACAUAAUAAGUCAGGAAUCGUAUUUGUUACAGCUCGUCAUGGUGCCAUGAUUCGACGCGAUCUCACGUUCUAUAUCGGAUUCAGGAUGGGUGCAUGUCAGCAGGUUCUCGCGGUGUGCAUCUUGUUGCUGUGGUCUCUACAGCCCGCCGAUGGUCAGACUCAAGAAGUGGCCAUAUGUUCUGGUACCCAGAAUUCCCUGAGUGUGACGGGCAGCUCGGAGGUGCAGUACAACAUCAUGAAGGACAUGUACAAUGGGUGCGAGAUCGUCAUGGGCAACCUGGAGAUCACUCAUAUGGAGCACAGUCGAAACUUCUCCUUCCUGCAGUCUAUCCGAGAAGUGACAGGCUACAUCCUCAUCGCCAUUAACCAGUUCUCCCGCCUGCCACUGGACCAGCUGCGUGUGAUCAGAGGCACCACCCUCUACGAGGACCGCUACGCCCUGGUUGUGGUUGUCAACUACCAGAAGGAUGGGCAGUAUGGGCUGAGGGAGCUGGGCCUCACCCACCUGACUGAAAUUCUGGAAGGGGGUGUCCAGAUUUUAAGUAAUAAGUUUCUCCAAUACACAUCCCUGGUGAACUGGGCCGACAUUGUGAGGGACAGCACUGCCGAGAUCAAGAUUGAGGACAAUGGGCAGACAGGGGAGUGUCACGCAGACUGUGGGGGCCACUGCUGGGGGCCAAGGAAAGAUGACUGCCAGAUCUUGACAAAGACGGUGUGCGCUCCGCAGUGCAAUGGGCGCUGCUUUGGGACAAGCCCCAGCGACUGUUGCCAUAGUGAAUGUGCAGGGGGCUGCACUGGAGCCCAGGACACAGACUGCUUUGCGUGCAGUCACUUCAAUGAUUCAGGGGCCUGUGUGCCACAGUGUCCUCAGACCCUCAUCUACAACAAGCACACCUUCCAGCUGGAGCCCAACCCCAGUGCGAAGUACCAGUAUGGAUCCAUCUGUGUGUCCCAGUGUCCCACCAACUUUGUGGUGGAUGGUAGUUCAUGCGUAAGUGGGUGCCCCUCAGACAAGAAGGAGGUGGACAAGAAUGGCUUAAAGCAGUGCGAGCCUUGCGGGGGCCUGUGUCCCAAAGCUUGCAUAGGAACUGGCACUCCUCAGAGGCAGACAGUUGACUCCACAAACAUUGAAAGCUUCAUCAACUGCACCAAGAUCCAGGGCAGUCUGCACUUCCUCACCACGGGGAUCUCAGGUGACCCCUAUCACAAUAUCUCUGCACUGGACCCAGAGAAACUGAACGUUUUCCGCACGGUCCAGGAGAUUACAGAUAUCUUGAGUAUCCAGUCAUGGCCUAAAGAGCUGCCUGAUCUGUCAGUGUUCUCCAACCUCACAACCAUACAAGGCAGAACCCUGUACAAAGGAUUCAGCUCUAAAAGGGGCUUCUCCCUGCUGGUGAUGAAGCUGCCAUUCCUCACCUCCCUGGGGCUGCGCUCUCUGCGGGAGAUCAGCGAUGGCAGUGUCUACAUCAGUGGAAACAGGAGGCUAUGCUACCACCACACGGUCAACUGGACCCAGCUGUUCACCGGCGCGCGCACCCACCGACGCCAGGAUGCCCGGGACAUCAAGAAGAACCGGCCUGAGAGUGACUGUGUUUCGGAGGGCCAUGUGUGUGACCCCCUGUGCUCUGCCUCUGGGUGCUGGGGCCCUGGUCCGGAUCAGUGUCUGUCCUGCCAGAACUACAGCCGAGGGGGGAGCUGCGUCGCCCGGUGCAACUUUGACUCAGGGGAGCCACGGGAGUUUGCCGGGCCCAACAGAGAGUGUAUGGCCUGUCACCCUGAGUGUCAGAUACAGGAGGGGCAGCACAGCUGCACGGGACCGGGAGCGGAUGCGUGUGUGGCCUGUGCCAGCCUGCAGGAUGGACCCCACUGUGUGUCCUCAUGCCCAGAAGGUGUGAUGGGGGAAAAGGGGCUCAUCUUUAAAUACCCUAACACCAAGAAGCGCUGCGAGCCGUGCCAUGUCAACUGCACACAGGGCUGCUUAGGCCCAGGGCUUAAAGACUGUCUAGAAACACCCAGAGCUGUCUCCAGUCUGCCAGUAACGGGGAUUGUGCUGGGAGUGCUGGCAGGUGUGGUUGUGUGCUUCGCCCUCUUUGUCCUCACCAUGCUAUACCGCCGCAGCCUCGCCAUACGCCGCAAGAGAGCCAUGCGCAGAUACCUGGAGAGCGGGGAGAGCUUUGAGCCACUGGAUCCUGGGGAAAAGGGAUCGAAAGUUCACGCCCGAAUCCUGAAAGUAGCAGAGCUGCGUAAAAUCAAAGUCCUGGGCUCAGGUGUUUUUGGCACUGUGCAUAAGGGUGUGUGGAUUCCUGAAGGAGACACAGUGAAGAUCCCUGUGGCCAUUAAGACCAUCCAAGACCACACUGGCCGUCAGACCUUCACUGAGAUUACCGAUCACAUGCUGGCAAUGGGCAGUCUGGAUAACCCCUACAUCAUGCGGCUGUUAGGCAUCUGUCCAGGUGCCUCUCUGCAGCUAGUCACUCAGCUUAGCGUACAGGGGUCCUUGCUGGAACACAUCAGGCAGCGACGGGACAGCCUGGAUCCCCAGCGCCUGCUCAACUGGUGUGUGCAGAUUGCCAAGGGCAUGUUCUAUCUGGAGGAGCACCGCAUGAUCCACAGGAACCUGGCGGCACGCAAUGUGAUGCUGAAGAGUGACUACAUAGUCCAGGUCGCUGACUAUGGCAUCCCAGACCUGUUGUACCCUGAUGACAAAAAGUACUUCUAUAGUGAGGUCAAGACUCCAAUCAAAUGGAUGGCCUUGGAGAGUAUUUUGUUUCGCAGAUACACCCAUCAGAGUGAUGUGUGGAGCUAUGGAGUGACAGUGUGGGAGAUGAUGUCAUUUGGAGCAGAGCCCUAUGCAACAAUGCGUCCCCAGGAGGUUCCUGACCUGCUGGAGAAAGGGGAGCGCCUGUCCCAGCCACAAAUCUGCACCAUCGAUGUCUACAUGGUCAUGGUUAAGUGCUGGAUGAUUGAUGAAAAUGUUCGGCCCACCUUCAAGGAAUUGGCCAAUGAGUUCACUCGGAUGGCAAGAGACCCAGCCCGGUAUCUUGUUAUAAAGCAGGAUGACAGCAGCCAGCUAGAGGUUAACCCAGAUGAGCCUCAUCAGCGGGGGGAGGAGCUGGCUGAUUUGGGGGUAGGGCUAGAGGACCAAGAGCAAGAGGAGCUGGACAGUGACAUGGACCUGUCUCCAUCCAGGAGUCAAGCUCGAAUACGCCUAGAUUCUCACAGGAGUGUGUCAAGUCAGUGUGGUCUGGCUGGUUACCUCCCGAUGACCCCAGGCCAAGGAGACCAAUCCCGCCAGCUUCGGUUGCCCCGUUCCCGGCUCAACUCAGCGCGGACAUUGUCGGAAAGCUCGGAGGGCCGGGGCACAGUGCUGGAGCAGGAGAUGAGCGAGGACCUCUCAUUGGCAGGCAGCCUGCACAGGAGGAGGGGCCGAGAGGACAGUGCUUACCUCUCCCAGCGCGUCAGCCUGUCCAGUCCCCCGGAGGCAGCCCCCCCCCUCGGCGAGGGACAAGGGGACUGCAGCGAAUAUGUGCUGCCCGGAGACAGAGAGGGUCCUGUGUUGCUCCUAGCCCCACAAAACUUCCUCUUCCCACCCACACUGGCAGAACAGUUGGGAGAUGAGGAUCAUUCUUCUGAAGAAUAUGAGUAUAUGAACAAACAGACAUGUCUCCCACUACAUUUGCCCAGACACCUCUCUGAUCUGUCUGAGGUCAGGGCUCGGAGACCAAGGACCACCAGCAAGAAGGCCUCUCCUCUACCCUCCCCAAAAUACACCGCGACACUCUGCCAAGCAGAGGAAGCCACGGAGGAGGACCACAGGGUGCAGCUCCCCAGUGACUGCGAUGCCACUGAGCUGCCUAAAGUGAGUGUGUCGGGAGAGCAGCAGGGCACAGCAGACAGCGAUGCUGAGAGUCUGUCACUGGCAACGGAUGAGGAAAGCAGAAAGGAGAAGCCGGUGGAAGUGGCACCCCCUAGUGGUGGUCAAGCAGAGAGUGAGGAAGAGCUUGGUUGCAGCCAGAAGCAGGGGGGUGUGGAGUACGAGUAUAUGGACUUCUGCAGCAGCUCCAGCAGGAGUGCAAGCUCUGGCUCCAAGGGCAACACCCCACAGGACAGAGAGGAGGAAGAGGGGGAGGGGCGAGACAGGCUGAGAGCCGAGGAAGAGUACCAGUACAUGAACAAGCAGCCCAGGCUGAGGCAGAUGCUGCGAGGUAGGGUGGGGCCUGCACCGCGGACCUCAGGCGAAGGGGGAGGGAAGGGGGAUGCGUACGAGUACGAGGAGAUGGACUCACUGGCCAUGGUGGACCCCGGGCUAGGAGAACGCAUUGAGUACCAGAACCUGGAGGGGGAGGACAGGGGGACGAUGCCCCGGGCAGGAGAGGGCCAACGCCGGGGGGUGAGUGGGUGUGUGAAAGUGCAUUCUGGGGUGGGCAAGGCAGCGGACAGGUCUUUUGACAACCCGGACUACUGGCACAGCAGGAUGUUCCUCAAAUCAGAUGCUGUGUGCACGUAAGGACAGAGAGAGGCACGGUGCCAAGCAAUCAGGCUUUCCCUGUGUGGGCAAGCAGGUUAUUCACUCCAUUAAUCAGUUGUCUCACUAGUCUAUGCUCUGGAUAGGCUUUAGGCAUCUGCAGUUGUGUCAGCGCUGCCAUUGGAAUGAAUGAAGGAGCACAUCGCUGUUGCCAGAUUUUAGUGGUGCAGUUGCCAUUCAUUCUUAAGUGUGUUUCAUGUUUACACAAUUUACAGGGUUUCAUUUGCACAGUGUGUGGGAUUUCUGAGUGCCUUCAUGAAGUGUAUUGGCAAGGAAGGAAGAAAAGUUGGGUGUACCAACAAAAUGCAAAUAAGGUGCAAUUAAAAUGGCCAGUGGAUAAGGAUUAAACACUUUCUUAAGAGAACAAAUUAUGCUAUGUUUUGUAAUUGAGUUUUUGGGGUAUUUUUAUGUAUC